GGUGGGGGGUGCGUCUUUUGUUUGAUCGAGUCAUGCGAAACGUUUUUCGGGUUUCGUCUUUUGAAAGCUUUUUGUCGCGAGCCCCGUGAUCGCAGGUUGUCCUGCCGGGCCACUCAGCCACCACCCACUUGCCCUGUUUCUCUACUGAGCGGAAAAAAUUUCCCUCUUUUUUAGGGUUUUCCGUUUUUUGCGAACGUAGGCUUUACUUUCGUCCACCCCGUAAGAUUCCCCCCCGAAGGGAAGCGGUGGAUAUCAUAUUGGUUUUGUGAGUGCCCUUCUCUUGAUUCAUUGCCGCAUUCUUGUCUGGCCCCUUUUCGUUUUCUUGGUGGGUGGUGCUAGAUCGCCAUAGCCCGUGACUUGUUGAGGCCUUUGGAGCUUUGGAUUUCGAAAUUCGUGUGUUUUUAGGAGGGGGGGCAUUGGUUUUUUUCAUGGUGGAAUGUAACGAUCCAUGGUUAUGCUAAAAGGGCUGGGCAGUUUGCUGCGACGCUUGAUUCAGCAAGAUUGUGCGAGGCAUUGUUACUUAAAGAGCGAGGGAGGUUUCAUGUCUUCUUUACUCAUCAAAGAUCCUUUAUUUUCGAAGGGGUUUCAUAAUUCGACACACCCUUCACCCUCUUUGCCAAUUCAAAACACGUUUUUUGUGGGGAAAGUUGUGCCCAAGAUCGAUACUUGCAAUGGUUUUAGGAUUAAGGGAGGUGGAGUCGGAUUAACGCUUAAGGGGUGCUUUGAAUUCGAGUCUCAUAAAAAGAAGGGGGAUGCUGAUUCUAGGAGCAUUAUGCAUAAUCCUCUCACGAUUGCUCUAAGUCAACAAUUCAAGCUCCAUCGUGUGGAUGUGGAGUUUGAAGAUAAGAAGGAUGCUGGAUCUGUAAAUGGUAGUCGAUGGAGCAACCAUUCUGGUUUCCUGCGCCAGAACUCACCAGAGAAGAUAGUAGUUGCGGUGGAUAUCGAUGAAGUAUUGGGUAACUUUGUCUCAGCUCUCAACAGAUUCAUUGCGGAUCGUUUCUCUUCAAAUCAUUCGGUCUCGGAGUAUCACGUGUACGAGUUCUUUAAGAUUUGGGGGUGUUCUCGCAAUGAAGCUGAUCUACGUGUUCAUGAGUUCUUUAAGACACCGUAUUUCAAGAAGGGGAUUCACCCAUUGCCAGGUGCUCAGAGAGUACUUCACAAAUUAGCGAGACACUGUAAAUUCUCAGUGGUCACGUCGAGGCAGAAUGCAAUCAAGGACCACACGAUAGAGUGGAUCGACAAGCAUUAUCCUGGAUUGUUUGAGGAGAUUCACUUUGGGAAUCACUUUGCGCUAAAUGGGGAAUCUAGGCCUAAGUCAGAAAUAUGCAGGUCCUUGGGAGCCAAGGUUCUGAUUGACGAUAAUCCAAGAUAUGCUAUCGAGUGCGCCGAUGUCGGAAUCAAGGUUCUCCUUUUCGAUUACGAGAAUUCCUAUCCAUGGUGCAAGACAGAGUCAAUCGAUAAACAUCCCCUGGUCACAAAAGUCCGUAACUGGGAAGAAGUUGAGCAACGAUUGGUUUCUUUGGUUGCUGCUUAGUUUUGUGACGGAGCAGUGAGGCUUGCGGGUACACCAUGACUCGAUCAAGAACCAUCGCAACCAAGUUCCUGCGCCUGGAGCUUCAUGAUGCUUGAUGCCAACAGAGGUCACCUCGCUGUUUAGCUCAUUCUUUUAGUCGAGCCUUCUAUGUCUUGAAGGGAUCAAUUAGUCUUGUUAGUAUGCUACUAUUGACGGUAGGGGAACACUAUGCGAGUGUCGGUACCUCUUGAGGACGGCUAUGACUAGGAAUUCAUCAACUUUGUUGUAUUUAUUUGGGAAGGUCUGAAUGCAACGUUAUAGAAAGUAUAUACGACCUUUCUGCUACUCAAA